UGUUCUGAAAACGGUUUCAAGCUUUUGCAAGGUUCUCCAUGCUCCAGUGGAGAUACUCUGCAGAAUGAUUUCAGUGGAGAAGUGUGGAAUACAGAGGGAAGGCAGAGUUCAGAGGUGGAGCCUAAUAUUGUAAUUUCUAUUACCUGGAAAAAGCUCUCAGCUCUGAAGCCCCAGCACAAAGAAGAGAGUGUUGAGAAGACAAGAGCAGCUGCCAUAGCAGGGACCAGCAACAUCCAUGGGAAAGGGCACACAGCAAAUAUUCCUUGCUUUGCUUUGCUUUGCAGUAGCAAAAUGUCAGGAAGAGAAGACCUGCCCAGAAGUAAAAAUAACAGGAGUCAAUGGAACUGAGAAGCUUGAUAUUAUCCAUGGUCUCCCUGGAGCUUAUGGUAUCAUGGGUCCCAAAGGUGAACCUGGAGAUAAAGGAGAGACAGGAGACAUUGGACCCCCUGGGCCUCCUGGGGAGAUGGGACCACCUGGGGACAAAGGAGAAAAGGGUGACCCUGGUGAGCAUGGUCCACAAGGAGACAAAGGAAGCCCUGGAUCAGCUUCAGACAUAAGACAGGAAGAUUUGAACCAGAUAUGGUGUAAAGGAGCAAAGAAUUGCAAGCAACUGUUAAUUAGAGGGGUAUUGCUGAGUGGCUGGUAUACCAUCUAUCCUAAGGACUGUAAGCCCAUGGUCGUGUUUUGUGACAUGGACACAGAUGGAGGUGGCUGGAUUGUCUUCCAGAGACGGAUGGACGGUUCAGUAAACUUUUAUCGUAAUUGGAAAGAAUAUAAGAAAGGUUUUGGCAGCAGACUGACUGAAUUCUGGUUGGGGAAUGACAAUAUUAACAUCCUGACGACUUCAGAGAUAACUCAACUUCGCAUUGACCUCACAGAUUUUGAUAAUAAGUCUGCAUUUGCCAAAUACCAAACAUUCAAGGUUUUAGAUGAAUCUCAAAAAUACAUGCUAGCUGUUGGAAAAUACACUGAAGGUGAUGCAGGGGAUUCAUUGAUUUAUCACAAUGGCAUGCCGUUCUCCACUAAAGACGAACAGAAUAACUCUACUUUCAACUGUGCACGACUCUACAAAGGAGCCUGGUGGUACUUUUAUUGCCACGAGUCCAAUCUGAACGGACUUUACAAGAGGGGAGUACAUGAAAGUUAUGCAGACGGAGUGAACUGGAUGAGAUGGAAAGGGUAUAAAUAUUCCAUGAAAACUACAGAAAUGAAAAUUAAGCCAAUGUGAAACUCAUAGGAAGGUCAGGACAAGAGAAGAUUUAGACAAAGGGUUUUAGAACAUUUGGAUUGUCCCAACCCCCGCCACUGCCUCCUGAUCAACCUUAGAAACAAAUAAAGCACUGCAUUGGUCACAA